CUAACUUUCCAGAGUGAGGGGAAAAAAAACAAAGCGAAUUAACCUUUGAAUCAGUUUUAGAAAUGGCUUCACAGGUUUCUGAAAUUCCUUCUUCAUCACCACUUACUUCCAUUCCUUCCGACAAGGAUGAAAUCCGCCCCAAGGCCGACUUUCAGCCUAGCAUUUGGGGUGACCUCUUCCUCAAUUGUCCUGAUCAGGAAACUGAUGUUGAAACUAAACAUCGACACGAAGAACUUAAAGAAGUAGUGAGCAAGAUGAUUGUGGCACCGAUGGCUAAUUCAAGUCAGAAGUUGACCUUCAUUGAUGCAGUCCAAAGAUUGGGUGUGAGUUACCAUUUCACGAAGGAGAUUGAAGAUGAACUAGAGAAGAUCUUUCGUGACAAGAACGUCAACAACGAUCUCUACACCACAUCUCUUCGAUUUCGAUUACUUCGAGAGCACGGAUUCAAAGUUUCAUGCGAUGUAUUCAACAAGUUCAAAGAUGAGCAAGGGAAUUUUGAAUCGUUCGUGAUGAACGAUAUUCGAGGACUGCUCGAACUCUACGAAGCUUCAUAUUUGAGGGUUCAUGGGGAAGAUAUAUUGGAUGAUGCAAUUUCUUUCGCCAGCAACCAUUUAGGCCUUGCCGUCAUGGCAUUAGACUAUCCUCUGUCAGAACAGGUUUCUCAUGCUUUAAAACAAUCCAUCCGAAGAGGCUUGCCAAGGGUUGAGGCGAGGCACUAUCUUUCAAUAUACCAAGAUAUUGAAUCUCAUAACAAGGACUUGUUGGAGUUUGCAAAGAUUGAUUUCAACAUGUUACAACUUUUGCAUAGGAAAGAGCUAAGUGAGAUUUGUAGGUGGUGGAAGGAUUUGGACUUUCAACGACAGCUACCAUAUGCAAGAGAUAGAGUGGUUGAAGGCUAUUUUUGGAUUAUGGGAGUCUACUUUGAACCCCAAUACUCACUUGGUAGAAAAAUGCUGACAAAAGUCAUAGCAAUGGCAUCUAUUGUGGAUGAUACGUAUGACUCAUAUGCUACAUAUGAUGAGCUAGUUCCCUAUACAAAUGCAAUUGAGAGGUGGGAUAUCAAAUGCAUAGAUCAACUCCCAGAAUACAUGAAAGUAAGUUACAAGGCACUCUUAGAUGUUUAUGAAGAAAUGGAACAACUGAUGGCUGAACAUGGAAGACAAUACCGUGUCGAAUAUGCAAGAAACGCAAUGAUACGACUUGCUCAAUCUUACCUUGUGGAGGCCAGAUGGACUCUUCAAAACUACAAACCAUCAUUCGAGGAGUUUAAGGCCAAUGCAUUGCCAACCUGUGGUUAUGCCAUGCUUGCUAUUACAGCUUUUGUUGGAAUGGGAGAUAUCGUCACCACAGAGACCUUCCAAUGGGCAGCCAAUGACCCUAAGAUCAUCCAAGCCUCCACAAUUAUUUGCAGGUUCAUGGAUGAUGUUGCUGAACACAAGUUCAAGCACAGGAGAGAAGACGAUUGCUCGGCGAUCGAGUGUUACAUGGAAGAAUACGGUGUGACAGCACAAGAGGCAUAUGAUGUAUUUAACAAGCAUGUGGAGAAUUCAUGGAAGGAUGUGAAUCAAGAGUUUAUUAAGCCGACGGAGAUGCCGACGGAGGUUUUGAAUCGUAGUUUAAACCUUGCAAGGGUGAUGGAUGUGCUUUACAGGGAAGGAGAUGGCUAUACAUUUGUUGGCAAAGCUGCCAAGGGUGGAAUUACUUCAUUGCUCAUUGAACCAAUCCCAUUUUAAAUCAAUAAUUUUCCCCUUUAAGUGGGUUCCUUGUGGAAUAAUUAUUAAGUUUUUAUUAAUAAUGUUUUAUAAUAUAUAUAU